UCGUCACCAAUAGUCAGCCGCCGCUGAAAGCUUUACAUAAAAGUUUAAAAACUAAAACAACUUUCGAUAUUUGUCUAAAAGCCUCUCCCAGUCUCUUUUCCUUUGUAUUUUUGACUAUGGACGACGGUUUGCGGCAGUUGCCGCUAUAUACUCUCCGCCGCCACAACUCUAUCUCAACCCCCGUCCAAGUCCCGGCGAAGCUAACUCUAUGGACUCCAAAGCCUCUCCAAAUUGCCACCAGCCUUCCAUACGGCUGCGCCGCCCCAUCGCCUCUUGACCUCGAACUCAUCUCCCUCAAAGCCUCCUCUGCUUCCUACACUUCACUCAAAGACAUCCUCCCUUCCCCUGUCGUCGCUAUCAACUCCCCCACCGCCGCAGGAUCCGCCGCAAAUUCCGGGUACGAAAUCUUGAUCCGCAACCGUUUAGUAAAACAGGCCGCUUGGGCUUACCUUCAGCCCAUGUCAGCCACCCCUGACUCCUCCGGUAAUCACCUUUUCCGUCAGCUUUGGCUCCGGUUUUCAUCUCAGAAUCCCAUCUCUUCCUGCCUCCGGUUCUUCAACCACAAACUCGUCCCUUGUCUGACCCGACUCGUUGAUCGGAUCUUCGGAUCCAUUGGAAUCAUCUUCAACAGAUAACAGAUAAAGGUUGCGUUUUCAUACGCAGAAACAAGGAACACAAUAUUCAAUCAACCAUAUAAACCGUACGAAUUACGAAAAUAUAUGU